GUCCAGUGAAACUUCACUUUUUUCCUCUCUGACCUUGAGAUCCAGUGUUAUUAAAGCAAGUUGUGUUGCAAAACUGCAAAUCAUUCCCGUUCCCGAGAAUCAUUCGAGAACCCGCAACUUCUGGCUUGUGAAUUUCGGAUUGCUUUUCUCUAAAGAAAAAUUUACAUCGAAGAAUCAUGGACUUCAUUUUUGGUGGCUCUGCGUUAAACAAGGGGGCCAACUUGGUCACCGUUGGAAUUCCGAGAGAGUUUGGAUAUGUGGUCCUUGUAGCUGCAGCGUCUGCCAUCAUGAUAAUUUGGAUGGGAAUCCAGGUGGGGAAAGCUCGCAAGAAAUUCAAGAUAACCUACCCGACGAUGUAUGCUCCAAGCGAUACGAAGGAAGGAGAUCACUUCAAUUGCUAUCAAAGAGCUCAUCAGAAUACUUUGGAGGGCUACCCAACUUUCCUAUUUUUGUUAUUUCUCGGGGGAUUGGAAAUGCCAGUAUUUUCCGCGUUGGCUGGGGUGGUCUUCAUUUUGGGAAGAAUUUCGUAUGCUAGAGGUUACUACACUGGAGACCCGAAAAACAGAUUGAGAGGAAUGUACGCAAUGAUCGGAGUUCUCGCUCUUUUGAUAGCAACACUCAAGUUCGGCAUUCGCCUCAUUUGCAUGUAAAAAAAUAAAAUCAGUUUUGAAUUACAAAUUCGGGAUAAAUUAAUGUCACAAUGUGAAUAAAAUAUACUGUGCGGGGUUAUAUUUCAAUG